AUCAGUACGCGUUCUUCUUCGACACCGGCUCUAGGAGGUCUCCGUGGGUGCGUCACAGGUCUUCGAACGCGGACGCGAGGUUUUCGGCUCGGCUUAGCUUCGGAAGUUUUUUUUUUUUUUUUUUCAUGGAAAACUGUUGUUUUUUAAAACAUUAAAAUUUUAAACUUCCUUUGAUACAAUUUGAUGAAAACUCCACGGACUGUUCAAACUCAUUUUGCAAAACAUCUUAUCACGUGACGAAUUUUGUUUACUUUCUGCUCCUUGUUUUGGACCGUUACUACCGUCUCGUGUUUGUUUUCAGUAGGCUCUAUUUUUUUGGAUUUUUCUUUUUUUACAUAAUCACGCCUACUCCAUCUUUUAUCGAUUCACUCAUCUCUUGACUGGAUCCUCGGUUCAAAAUUCUAUUGCUUUUUAAAAUUAACUAUUGCUCAUACCAAACGAAACAGUUUCAAAGUUGAUGGCUUGUUUUGUGUUCAGUAAUAAAACCAAAUUUUAAACUAAAUUAUAAGAGAAAGUGACUCUUGCAACUCGAGGUGUCAUAAUAGGCUGGGCAUUUUGAACGGAUCACUUUUGACUGUAUGUGAGUUCAUCAUUCAUUUCAGUGUGCUGAAAAGUUCUUAAGCAAAAAUAUAUUGUUAUCCGCGACUACGGCAAAAUUUUGCCAGCCGUCACAGCUCUCUUGAUAUUUCAAGAAAUGUUGAUUGUCAGAACAUUGAAAUUUUAGUUUGAAAAAUUGAAGGAACAGUGCAUCUCAAAAUGUGGCCAACUAAGUGUUUCGGUUGUUGUGCGGUUUUAUGCUGGCUCGCGGUUAGUUAUUACGUCGAGGCUGCCGGAAACAUAUUCGCGAAUGCCAAUAGUGCCAACAGAGAAGCGUUGGGGAGGCUCAAAUCACCGAUAGGAGCAACGCCUCCGCAACCGCCUCCACAAAAUCACCAGUUUUUGGAUGAGGAUGAGCCAGAGGGCGAGUGCACUAACUGCGUGGAGGAGGGCCCAAAAGUAAGCAAGUGGACCAUGCCUCUCUUAAAGAUGGGGGAGAAACGAUACUACCUCGGAAUUUUCUUUAAGGCCAACUGGUACAGAGCCACACAAUAUUGUCGGUAUCACGGCAUGCACUUGGCAAGUAUAGGCAGUCAAGAAGAAAACGACAAGUUAGAAAAACACAUCAAAGACUACGGUCUGGGAGCGGAGCACUUCUGGACGUCGGGGACUGACCAGGCGGAGGAGGGAACUUUCUUCUGGAUGUCGACGGGGAAGCCGGUGACGUUCACCAACUGGAACGCUGGCGAGCCCAACAACUUCCGCUACGAGAACGGCGAGGAAGAGCAUUGCCUUGAGCUCUGGAACAGGGAUGGCAAGGGCAUGAAGUGGAACGAUUCCCCUUGCUCCUUUGAAACUUACUUUGUCUGCGAGAUCUAGGGCCCCAGAUGAGCCCUUCGGAAGAAACCCGGCUCCUCAUAAGACUAAUUUCAAUCUUUAUACCGAGAAAUACAGAAAAAAUCCCUCACUGAAAAGAAAAAUUCCGGCCGUGGAGGCCGUACUUACGGGAUAUACAGACAUACCGACCGCGUUCCAGGCUGAGAGGCCAAAAGUCCUGGGUGCGGCAUCCUUAGCGGUCGAAGCUACGGCUCCAGCACCCGGAACUUUCGGCCUUUGAGCCCGGAACGGACGGUAUGUCCAUACAGCCCGUAACUUCUUUUUCAGUGUUAGUGAACCUUUUUUCAAUUUGUUUAAAAAAAGUAUUUGCUUAAAAGAUUCAUAUUUUGGCUCACUUUCUUAUUAUAUACACGGUGGAGAGAACAUUUAUUUUACCUUUAAAAUUAUUUUUGAAAGGGGGGAUUUUUUUUUUUAAAUUCAAUGACGUUGUUUUUCUUAAUUCAAAGAAAAGUUCUUUUGUUCAUAGCAACUAAUCUAUUUUUCUUUGAAUUAAAAAAAGACAAAAAAAUCAGUUUCAAUUUUUUGUGUAGACGAAAGAAAGUUUUCAAAUAAAAAAAAUAGGAUCGCUAAACUGUUAUUUGAAUGAAAGCAAAUGUUUUCAAAUUAUAAGAAAGUUAUUUUAAACAGAUCUUUUAGUGAAUAGUAAACUUGCGACUGUCUAAUUUUAUUCACCUCCUAAUUGUAUCAGAUCAAAAUAGGGAUUAAAAACCCACUCCUACUCCUUUGCGACUCAUAUCUGCAAAAGUCUUACGCAGGGAUGUUUGAGUAUUGUGACGCACAUGUUCAGCUUUUUUACACUCUUCAUCUUCACAACGAAUAGGUAACACGACACACCAAUAGAAUCCCGUCAUUCAUAAAAUACACAUCAAUGAAUAGAACUUAAGCUAGGAAAAAUAAAUCAUCAUCAAGUGAUUUCUGAACAUUUGAUUCAUGCAGUACAUUCAGCUUUAACCUCUCCCCCCUCCCCUCUCUACCCCAUUCAUAAAAUAGCGUGAUGUAGAUUGUAACUUCCUCGUUUCAAAUGCGUUACACAUUACUUGAACUAUUUACGAGAAUGGGGCCUUUGGCGUCAAGAUGAAGAGUGAAAACUCAGUGAUUACUUCUAUAGUUGAAAAAUCCCGAAAAAAAAGUACAACAUUUAUCCUUACUGUAUUUUUAUUAACCCUCACCUUUACGUAAAUUACUCUAAAGACUUACAUUAACGUUGUUUCCUUUUCUCUUACCCAUAAAGAUUGUAUUUUUUUUUUUAAAAAAAAAAAAAGAAAAAGAAAAAUGAAGUUUGUAUAUUACCCUAUGAAUUCGUGUAGUUUAAGUUAAGGAAAACUGUACAUUAUUUAGGGAUUAUUCAUAGUAAAUUUAAGAAAUUCGAUGUAUAUAAAUAAAAUUGUUCCAGAUUAUGA